CGCCUCCAAGCCUGUCCACCUUACAGCCUUCCUGGGCUACAAGGCCGGCAUGACCCACAUCGUGCGCGAGGUCGACAGGCCAGGGUCCAAGGUGAACAAGAAGGAAGUGGUGGAGGCUGUGACCAUUGUGGAGACACCACCCAUGGUGGUGGUCGGCAUCGUGGGCUACGUGGAAACUCCUCGAGGUCUCCGGACCUUCAAGACUGUCUUUGCUGAGCACAUCAGUGAUGAAUGUAAACGGCGCUUCUAUAAGAACUGGCAUAAAUCGAAGAAGAAGGCUUUCACCAAGUACUGCAAGAAGUGGCAGGACGACGAUGGCAAGAAGCAGUUGGAGAAAGACUUCAGCAGCAUGAAGAAGUAUUGCCAGGUCAUCCGUGUCAUCGCCCACACCCAGAUGCGCCUGCUUCCUCUGCGCCAGAAGAAGGCCCACCUGAUGGAGAUUCAGGUGAAUGGGGGCACAGUGGCCGAGAAACUGGACUGGGCCCGGGAGAAGCUGGAGCAGCAGGUGCCUGUGAACCAGGUGUUCGGGCAGGAUGAGAUGAUUGAUGUCAUCGGGGUGACCAAGGGCAAGGGCUACAAAGGAGUCACCAGCCGCUGGCACACCAAGAAGCUACCCCGCAAGACCCACCGAGGCCUGCGCAAAGUUGCCUGUAUUGGGGCCUGGCACCCUGCCCGCGUGGCCUUCUCUGUGGCGCGUGCUGGGCAGAAGGGUUACCACCACCGCACUGAGAUCAACAAGAAGAUCUACAAGAUUGGCCAGGGCUACCUUAUCAAAGAUGGCAAACUGAUCAAAAACAAUGCCUCCACUGAUUACGAUCUGUCUGACAAGAGCAUCAACCCU